AUACCGGGGAGGAAACGCACCCGGGGCUGCGGGGAGCGCGGCCACGGGGGCACCUGAACCCGAGGACGCGGCAGGUGAGGGCCUCUGGAGCUUGCCAGGCGCGCCGGGGUCCCUGCGGGAGCGGGCUCCACGGCCGGGCGUAUCUCGGGCCUGGGAAGAACCGGAACGUUUCGCCCCAGCGUCGGUCUGCGGCUUUCCGGGCUCUGGACUACAUUUCCCGUCGGCCUCCGCGUCCAGGCUCGUAGCCCCGGGAGUCAGACUUGUUCAGGGAUGUGGCCAUAGUCUUCUCCCAAGAAGAAUGGGAACAGCUUGCACCCACUCAGAGGGAUUUGUACAGAGACGUGAUGUUGGAGACCUAUAGCAACCUGGUCUCACUGGGUCUUGCCAUCGCCAAACCUGAUGUGAUCUCCUUCCUGGAGCAAGGCAAAGAGCCCUGGGUGGUAGAGAAAAUGUCCAGAGGAGGCCUGUGUCCAGUGCUGGAGUCCAGGUAUGAUACCAAGGUAUCCUCUCCAGAGCAGCAUAUUUAUGAAAUACAGUCGCCACAGUGGGAGAUAAUGGAAAGCCUCACAAGUUACGGUCUUGAGUGCUCAAGGUUCCAAGAUGACUGGGAAUAUAGAAGCCAGUUGGACAAACAACAGGGAAAUCCAGAUGGACAUUUGAGUCAAAUGAUAAUCAAUCAUGAAGAAAUAGCCACUUUAAACCAACAAGGAUCAUUUCCUUUUUAUCAGAAAACUCAUCGUGGAGAAAAACCCUAUGAAUAUAACGAAUGUAGAAAAGACUUCUGGCAGGAGGACUUCCUUAUUAAUCAUCAAGGAAUUCAUGCUAAUGAGAAACCCUAUAAAUGUAAGGAAUGUGGCAAGGCCUUUAAGUAUGGCUCACGACUAAUUCAACAUGAGAAUAUUCAUUCUGGCAAGAAACCCUAUGAAUGUAACGAAUGUGGAAAGGCCUUCAAUUCUGGUUCAAAUUUCAUACAACAUCAGAGGGUUCAUACUGGUGAGAAACCUUAUGAAUGUAAGGAUUGUGCAAAGGCCUUUAGUCGAAGUUCACAGCUGAUUGAACAUCAACGAAUUCAUACUGGUGAGAAACCCUAUCAAUGUAAGGAAUGUGGCAAGGCCUUCAAUAGGAUCUCACAUCUUAAAGUACAUUAUAGAAUUCAUACUGGUGAAAAACCCUAUGCAUGCAAGGAAUGUGGGAAGACCUUUAGUCAUCGGUCUCAGUUGAUUCAACAUCAGACUAUUCAUACGGGCAAGAAACUCUAUGAAUGUAAGGAAUGUGGGAAGGCCUUUAAUCAAGGCUCAACUCUUAUUAGACAUCAGAGAAUCCAUACUGGUGAGAAACCCUAUGAAUGCAAGGCAUGUGGGAAGGCCUUUAGGGUGAGCUCACAACUUAAGCAACAUCAGAGAAUUCACACUGGAGAGAAACCCUACCAAUGUAGGGUUUGCGGUAGGGCUUUCAAACGGGUCUCACAUCUUACUGUACAUUAUAGAAUUCAUACAGGUGAGAAACCAUAUGAAUGUAAGGAAUGUCGAAAGGCCUUCAGUCAUUGCUCACAACUGAUUCAGCAUCAGGUAAUUCAUACUGAGGAAAAGUCUUGUAAAUAUAAGGAAUGUGGGAGGACUUUACAUCAUGAUUCAGCUACUGUUCAACACCAGAGAAUGCAUAAUAAAGAAACACAAGUGAACAUAAUAAAUGUAGAAAAGCCUUCCAUUAGCACUUAUCCUUUAUUAAUCAUCAGAGAAUUUAUGUUAGCAAGCAACCAUAUCAAUGGAAAUAAUGGGGAGAGCCCAUUAGCUUAGGCUAGUCCCAACUUCUUAUAUUUUGCAGAAAAACUUGAAGAAUGUAAUGCAAAUGGGAAUGCCUUCAUUCAAGCUAUCCUUUAUCCCGGGUCAUAAGAUUAAUAAUGAAAAAUUUUACAGAUAUAAAUUGUUUAGACCAUAAUUACUGAAGAAGCAAGGAAAGUUUGGGAA